AUGGCGUCGACGGAAGAUCAUCAAGAAUUCGAGAAACCCAUCUUCGAAUUACACUACACGAAGUUCCGAAGCUCUCGCAAGAUGAGGAAUCGUUUUGUAGAAUCGAUGAAUCAUUACGAAGAGAUCUUUUGCUACUACGGAGUGAAGGAAAUCCGGAAGAAAUCUCCACUCGGUACACGGACGAAGAGGAUAAAGAAGCGUUUGAUUCGGUGCAGAGAGUGCAGUAAAGGUUUUCGAUACGAGAAGUGCUUGAGGAACCAUAGCGAAACUAUGCAUUCGUUGAAAGAGAAGAAGAAGAAGAAGAGCGAAUGUACAAGAAGGGAUUUGUUGUGUUUCUUCAGAAGUGGUGUGCAGAGAGGAAAGAGGUCGAAAAGAGUUUCCAGGUACAAGAAGCGUCCUCCUCCACUCUCAGUUUCUGCUUCUUCUUCUUCGUUUGUGAAUGAUGGAGAAUUGGUGGAAGUCGCUGAGUGUCUGAUUAUGUUGUCUACGAGUGGUGAUGCUCUGUUUCCGAAUCUAGAGAUGAAUAAGAGAGAAUGUGAAGAUGGGGAAAAGCUAGUUGGGAAAUUAACAAAUGAGUCAUUGAGUAAUGAGGCAACUAAAGAGUUUUUGGGUUUCUUGGGAGACAAGAAGGUUAUGAAAGAAGAUGAAACGGGUCAGCUGAAACUUGUAGGAGCAGGAAGUUUUGGAGGAGAAGUUGCAGUGGAGAGAGUGAGCUUGGAAGAUAGGCCUGAGAUGAUGUUGCAUAAUGCUAUCGAAGAGAGACUUGACGGCCAAGAAGCUGUAUUUGAAGUUUCGUGUUCUGGAAGUAAGAUUUUGCUGAUGAACAAUGAGUAUAGGUGUACGCUCUGUGACAUGGUUUUUUCGACGUAUCAAGCUCUUGGUCGUCACCAGACGUUCCAUAAAAUGAAGAACAAUUCUGAAAAGUCAAAGCAUGAGAUGCAGAGAAGAGUCCCUAGAAGCUGA